AACCCAAAAUCAGAGCUGUUAAAGCCAAGAAAAAGUUCAGUAGCAAUUUUCUACAUUCCCAUUUUAUAGAAACAAAACCAAAAUUUCAAGUUAACAAAAUUUUAGGAAAAACAAUAUUCAUUCUGGUAACCAUGUCGAAGGCAACGAAGCUGCGCUUUGCGCUGAUCACCGAGGAUGUUCUGGACAAGCUGCGGCCGCGAUCUCAGUCGGAAAAUGCCCGAUCUAAGUACAUGGACGAGAUAUAUAUGGUUAUUAGGACGGCGGUCAACGAGGCUGUGGACGAGAAGUUGCAGCAGUUGAGCACGACUAUUAAUCAGAUGGUCGAGGAGAGGGUUCUUAAGAUUCUGGAGCAGCACGGUUUCGGCAGGUCCAUGGCGGGGGGCAGUGGCUCGGUUGGAAGGAAAAGAGAAAGGGAUCAUAAGGAUGUCCAGGAGAAGGAAUCAGCCAAGGGGGCAGGCGAGUGCUCCAGUGCCUUGAAGUUGGCCAAUCUGAAGCGUCGUCGACCCAAGAAGAAUAACAAUCCAAGCGUGACCUUCGCCACCGAGGAACAGUUAGCCAAGAAACCCCGGACAAAGGCCCAGAAAAUCACCGUAAUGCCCAUCCAUCGGGAGAACCAGGUGAAGAACACUCCCUCGACCGGCAAUAAUGCUCCUUUGCUGCCAACUCCGCCACCACUCCACAUGGAUCACAAUGCCCUGGAUGCUGAGGAUGACGAUGAUGAUAACUUCUCGGAUGUGGAGGAACCCUCCAUCCUCACCAUCGCCGCCAAAUAUCUCAAGAAACUCGAGGACUCCCGUCGUCGCAAGCAGCAGCAGCAGCAUUAACUUUUCGACCUUACCCCUGAAAUUGUUGGUCUAGAAAAAUGGAAAGCCAUCUAUAUGGUAGUUUUCAAAUUGCUUCAAGACCCCCAAUUUCCGGGAAUACCUUUCCUUCGUAUAUCCUUAACUCUUUCGAUCAAUUUCCAAAGAGUGCAUAUACUAUAUAGGAGCCAUCGACUAAUGGAGCGGGUAAAAAUGUUAAUAAAUUGAGACAGAGUCAAGUGAUUUUAUACGGUCUAAAUCUAAUAUUUGAGAUAUAAAAACCAAAUGUAAAUUUAUUGGGAUUAUCAUGUAGUCGCUAAAUUU